GUAAAAAUAGUACUUUCGGAACUAACUUUACCCUAGUUUACUUCACCAAAAAUGAGUUCAGUUUUUAACGAAUUGAAUCAAAAGUUAGCUUUAUUAUCAGUGACAGGCCUAGCUGCAAUAUUAGGAUUGAACUCUUUCCGGGGAUUUAUUCACCACAAGAAGAUUAGAGAGUCCGGAUUUUACAAAGACUCUUUGGAAAUGGUCAAUCACUAUCCUCCAGCUGUGGAACAUUUAGGGAAGCCUAUAAAAGGUCACAGGAUAACUUAUGCAGAUCCAGAGAACAAAUUGACAGACACUGACAUUUGUGUUAAGGUGCCACUGCACGGUCCAGAGGGAGAUGGGAUUCUGUACACUUGGGCAACAAGGAAGUCAAUGAAGGAUAAGUGGAUCAUCGACAGAUUAGAUAUAAAGAUCCUAAAUGGUGGGAAAUGGACUUUUUAUGUCAAAGAAGCACAGCCAGAGGAACUGAAUGAAAAUGGGACAGAAGAAACAAACAACACAGAGGACGAAAAUAAAAUUUGAUGACAAAAAUGGCAAAUUUAAAAAUAUCAUCAAUAUUUCCCUUGCCUUGACACAUGGCUGUCUGUGAUAAAAUCUGUGUUGAAAUUUGACAUACAGGUACCAGGGGUACUUGAAGGCUUGAACGAAUUAUUUCCAUUGGUAAAUCGUGUGGAACAAACUGGUGUUUGUUAGGAAACCAUACUUGACGUUUUUUCUAAGUGAAAAUGAUGGAAAAAAUUUGUACGGUAAUUUGUACAAAACUCCUAGUUUUUUAAUGUUUGUUAAUUUGUGAACCUUGUGCUAAAAAGUUCCACAACAUUACCAUGCAUUUAUAUUAGAGACUAUAAUUAUUUAUUUAUAUCAUUUUUUUAUUUAAUAGUAAAUGUUGAUUUCAAAUAAAUUGAUGAAACUGUGAAAGUAAA